ACCAUCGAUUAUUUGCAAUUUAAAUUAAUAAAAACCCUUUCCAUUAUCCCUACUCUGCCUCGCCGUAACUGUCCUUGAAUUCCCUUCUCUGUUUCUGAAUCUCUCUCCCGAAUAAUAAUGCCACCUAAACUCUCGCCCCCAAGAACUCGCCUUACGUUCGCAGCACUAAUUCGAGAUCUACUCGAGUGAGGCUCUGUGUCAUAGUGGUUGGUAUCGUUCUCGUAGGGAUUUAUGCAGACCACAUUAUACGACGGCGAAUUGCUAUCCUUUGGAUUCAGCGGCGAGCAGAAGACUCCUCCUUUCCUCCAAACAACCGACGGCAAGGUCGCAAGACUCUGAGGCGGCAAGUGCAAUUUUUGGUAACUGUUUUUUACGAUCAUGGAAGAUACUGAUGACUUCACUUCUGCCCCACUAACUUCAACACCUGUCUCGUGGACAUCUAUUAAAGCCUCAGUCCCGUGACUCCGUGUAAGCCCAGAUGCAUGUACAUGAGGCUUGUCAAAAAAUCUUUGAUCUAUAGGAGCCUAAAGUGAAGGAGAGUGAUCACUUUUUCUAGGUGGUUUGAUUCAAUUUCUGUGGUAAUGCAGAAGUUAGAACCUCAUCAACUAGCUCUUUUUACAAAAACAAUAUUUGGUCCGUUCCUAGAUUCUAGGAAUAUGUGUUGUAGUAGGCAACUCAUACAGUAUCUCUUGGGAAAUUUGGUUGAGUUUGACAAUUCCAACAACCCCUUUCAUUUGUAUUUCAAUAUAUUAAUGAGUUCAUAUAUCAAUGAGUGUGUUGUGUUAAUGCUUAAAUUUGCUGAGGUUCUACCGAUGCAUAUGAGAAGCUCUAAAGUUUGUUCAUCAAAUGUUUCAGACUAUCAAGCAAAGUGGGCGCAUGACCUCUACUACUAUGGUCACUUAAAAGGGAGGGCAAUGUAGCUCGUGAAGAUGGCAAUAUAGAAAGAAGUUUACACUUAUUUAAUAUGUUUACUAUUAUCAUUUUCAUCACUUUUGGAUAAUCUUCAAUGACCUUCGAGUGAUCAUAUUGUUUUAGUAUGUUUUGCCUAAUUAAUUUGCUUUAGACAGAUUUGGGCAUUUCAAUAUUAUAAUUUCAAAGAAAUGAAAAUUUGUCACCCGGACAUCUGAAA